AUGCGCGAGUUCCUUGACGUCGAGUCUUCAGGUGGCCUUUAUUUAGGGCCCCCCGCCGCUGCUGUCACUGCUGCGGCCAAGAUGGAGAAACCAAAGGAGGCGUUUCUCGAGACUGCUGGAAGCACCGAGAGCUCCUCAAGAUGCACCGACUCUUCUUCAGCGAACAAUGGCCUCCCCUCUUUGCCCUUGGGCGGCAAAGAGGGCCCCCUCUCUCCAGGAGGUUCUUCUCCCGGAUUUUCAGAUCUUUGGGAGGCCUGGAAAGAAACUGCAUGCUGUCUUCAUAGGUUAAGUCGUGUGGCUGCAUAUCCCUCUGCUGCUGAGAUCCUUGGGGCUGCAUUCAGCCUGCCAGCAGGCGCUGUGCCUCUUGUGCUGCCGCCUCAUUUUGCCGUGGCGGAUCACUCUGAAUACCCUAAAGCCAAGGCAGUGCUUUCUUAUCGAGAUUUCAAAAAGGCAGGGGCUCAGUGCCCGGCAGCUUUCUCGCGCUGCUUUGCGCCAAGCGUCUUUUGUGAAUUUCUAAGAGAUGCGCAUGGAGACGUUUCGACACAAACCGUCUCCAAGACGCUCCUUAACUCCAUCUUUAAUGCCCAUCUCAAGGAGAAAGUUCAACCCUACUUGAACGACAAAGGCGAGCUCUCCAUGGAGUCUCUCUCGCUCAUGUUCUGCGAAUGGGCUGAAGACCCUUCCUUUCCUGCCUUAUUUGCUCUUAAGCAAGAGGACCAAUUGGCUCACCCAGGGCUCCUUGUUUUCUUCGCCAGAUUCCUCGCCGUGCGAUUGUUUUUCGCUCUAGACGUUGGGCAAAGGGGCUUCGUGCGAGCACGAGACCUCCUGCGGUUCGAGGAGUUUCAACAGCUGCUAAACUCCCUCUACAAGCCCCUAGGAGCGCCUUGUGGGGAGACACCCACUCAGUGGUCCAUACAGUUCGCUUAUGAUAUAUUUAAUUUCCUGCGAGAGAACGGCUUCUGCUGCUCCGAGCACACGCUUGCCGAGCUGCUGGAGUCUCUCAGAGCUGUUCUUUGUCCCUACACCUAUGAAGUGACGCCGUAUUGCCUUCACCGCCUCUUUCUCUCUAAAGCCACUGUAACUCAGGCCGCUACGACAGAUCCGCGGGGGCUAUCCUGGACGGAAUUCGAGCAAGUACAGCCGCAGCAGCCAGCAGGAGAACAGGUUGAGGCACGAUCCACAGCGGCUGCUACGGAGGGAUCUUCGGAGGAAGAAGCGCUGUGUUUGGGACUGGAAGCGCUUAUCCGCCUCUUAGCCUCGCUAGACUACUGUGCUGCCGUCUGGAGUCCUUCGCCUAGCAAGGCUCGCAUUGUGGCGCCCUCAUGUAUCAGGGCCUCCUUGCGCUUCCUGUGGGAUGCUUUCGACCUGGAGAAGAAAGGCACUUUGGACUUCAAAGAUAUUUCCGACUUUUGGACGGCCGUAUCGGCCAGCCUUUCAUCCCGCGGUUUUCCUUCUGGGAGUCUCUUGCCCGGCUCCGUAGAACUCGAACUUUUGGAUCGUCUCAAAAACAAGGGAACGUGCCUCAGGCGCAGCACGUGCAUCAACGACAUGGCCCCCUUACUCCCUGGAGAUCCCGUCCUAGUUUCGCAGGAUACAUCCCUUUGA